AUGAAUGACAGUGAGUGAGCAAUUCUUGACACGCUCUUCUGAGACCUCACUACUUUCAAUCUGAACGAGAAAUACAACGUUUUUGUCAUCACGCACUCUCAUUUCUAAGUUCCCAUUUCAGCCUCCGACCUUUCAAUUUCAUUAAGUAAACAACAAAUAUUCACUUUUCUUCGCUGAUUCUGUUUUCUCUCGCCAAAGCCGAAAGCUUUCGAAGCAAAAAGCACGAAACUUUGACCUGUUUUGGUGUCAGGGGAGAAAUGGAGGCGUUCGAUAAGAAAAAGGUGACCAACCCAAUUGUCGAAAUGGACGGAGAUGAAAUGACUGGGGUGUUCUGGACAUGGAUAAAAGACAAGCUUAUUUUUCCCUUCCUGGAGUUGGAUAUCAAGUACUUCGACCUUGGGAUUCUUAAUCGCGAUGCCACCAAUGAUAGAGUCACAAUUGAAAGUACCGAAGCUACUCUUAAGUACAAUGUAGCAAUAAAGUGUGCAACUAUAACUCCAGAUGAAACUCGUGUGAAGGAGUUCAACUUGAAACAGAUGUGGAGGAGUCCAAAUGGGACCAUACGGAACAUUUUAAAUGGGGUACUGUUUUUAGAGAACCUAUUCUGCAGAAAUGUUCCCCGUCUUGUUCCAGGUUGGAUAAUGCCAAUAUGUAUUGGGAGACAUGCUUUUGGUGAUCAGUACCAAGCAACUGAUGCAAUCAUAGAAGGACCUGGAAAACUUAAAUUGGUUUUUGUACCUGAUGGGCCCAAUGAGAAGACAGAGUGGGAGGUUUACAGUUUUACUGGCGCUGGAGGCAUAGCUUUGUUCAUGUAUAACACGGACGAGUCUAUCCGUGCUUUUACUGAGGCUUCCAUGGACACUGCGUACCAGAAAAAGUGGCCACCUUAUCUUAGCACUAAAAAUACUAUUCUGAAGAAAUAUGAUGGAAGAUUCAAGGACAUCUUCCAGGAAGCUUAUGAAGCCCAUUGGAGAUCAAGAUAUGAAGCUGCAGGGAUUUGGUGA